AUGCCCUUCCCCCAAGACUUUGACCAGGUGAUUCCUUACUGCCUCUCAGGAUGUUCCGAGGCUGGAACCACCAGGCCGACCAGGAUGAGAUGGCCCCGGCGCCCACAGGUGGCCCUGGCUGUGGCCGUCAGCAUCUUCGCCCUCUUCUUCUGUCUGCUCGUGUCAUGGUCCGCCUUCCAGAGCCCGAGGGAGCCCCGGGACCACCCCAUGGCUCUGACCUGGCGCUUUCAGCCCGCCCGCCGCCCGCCGCCCGCCCCCUGCAGGGCCAACACCACCAUGACCACCCUGAAGAACUUCAAGGGGCAGCCGCAGCACGUGCAGAAGUUCCUGCUCUACAAACACUGCCGUGACUUCCCGCUGCUGCAGGACGUGCCUCUGGACAAGUGCGCGACGCCAGUCUUCCUGCUGCUGGUGAUCAAGUCCUCACCCAGGAAUUACGAGCAGCGGGAGCUGGUGCGGCGCACUUGGGGUCAUGAGCGGCAGGUGCGGGGCGUCGAGCUGCGCCGCCUCUUCCUGGUGGGCACGGACCCUAACCCCCUGGAGGCUCACAAGGUCAACCAGCUGCUGGCGAUGGAGGCGCGGGCACAUGGUGAUAUCCUGCAGUGGGACUUCCAUGACUCCUUCUUCAACCUGACGCUCAAACAGGUGCUCUUCCUACGGUGGCAGGAAACUCGGUGCACCAAUGCCAGCUUCGUGCUCAAUGGGGAUGACGACGUCUUUGCGCACACAGACAACAUGAUCUCCUACCUGCAGGACCAUAAUCCCGACCACCACCUCUUUGUGGGGCAGCUGAUCCAAAAUGUGGGCCCCAUCCGGGCUUCCUGGAGCAAGUACUAUGUGCCAACAGUGGUGACUCAGGAGGAGCAGUACCCUCCCUACUGUGCGGGGGGCGGCUUCCUGCUCUCCCGCUUCACGGCCUCUGCCCUGCGCCGGGCCGCCCCCACCCUGAACCUCUUCCCUAUCGAUGAUGUCUUCAUGGGGAUGUGCCUGAAGCAGGAGGGCCUGAAGCCCGCCUCCCACAGCGGGAUCCGCACGGUUGGCGUUUCCGUUCCCUCGGCCCACAUGUCUUCCUUUGACCCCUGCUUGUACCGGGAGCUGCUCCUGGUACACCGUUUCUUGCCAUACGAGAUGCUGCUCAUGUGGGAGGCCCUGAGCCAACCCAACCUCACCUGUGGCCAGCAGGUACAGAUCUACUGAGGUGGUAUCAGGGCCGCAGGUCUCCACCCCUCACCGGAAGGAGCCACCACAUCUUCCUCCCAGGAACCAGAAAGCUUUGCUCCUAAGUGGGCCACGCAUGGCGGAGUGCCGGGGCGGGUCUGAUGAGUGAACCGUCUAGCUGGCAAACCCCUAGACGUCUUUCAGGACCCACCCGGUACUGGAACCCAUGUUCCGUCAUAUCCUCCCUCGCCUCUCAGCUAAAGGGGGACGGUCUCCUUCCAUGGCAGCCAACUGCAGAAGCAUGUCUGAAUCAAGGUCCCAUUUCCCAGCUCCGACCUUGACUGUGGGGUGGGCCUUAAACGGUGGCUGGCUCCUCCUUGGUAGUAAACCCACAAAGGUUUAACAGUGAGUUUCAGCCAUGGUUCAAGGUCAGUUGGGAGUUCCUAGGUCCAUGUGCAGCUGCAGCGAGAAGGAUUUGGCAGCCUCGGAAAGAAAAGGGGUUUUGUUCUCUCUCGGUUCCCGGGCCUCCACCCACAUCAGACCUCACUCAGCUGGUAGAAGGAGCCAGAGACCCCAUGAGUGGGACCGCCCCCUCCCUGCUCAUGGUGUCAAGGUCUCUAAUGGUAAAUGUCAGGUGGAGGAGGCAGACGGCUGUCUGACUCAGGCUAGGAGAGCUCCGAGUUUCUAGAGUUUCUACAGUCCCUGAGAGGGCCCAGCCCCCAUACUUGUGCUCCCUGAGGAUUCAGGGAGUGAUGCUAGAGCCAGAGGGUCAUCACUGGGCUGGAGAUCACACGUGGUCACCCCACGUGCCCAGAGAAGGGGGAGAUUCAGGUCCUUAGAUGUCUCUGAGCUCUGGGGACCCAGGACUGGCCCCCACGUAUAUGUCAGA